AUGUCCUCCUUUGGCAAACGCGCUGAGAAGUUCUUUGGCAAGCUUGCUGACAAGGCAGCGCCCCAACAACACCAGGAGCAGCCUCACUAUCCACAAGAGCCCCAGUCUCAAGGAAACCAUGAGAACUCUUUCCAGCAACCAUUCGUUGCCCCGCCACUAGACGACCACGUUGUCGAAGCUCAGCCGCCACAACAACCAACAAAUACCUUCACGGCCGACGGCACAUUGGAAGCGUUGAAGCUCCCGGACGAACACCACAACUCCAUCCCCGAUUUUUCGCGAGUAGGCUAUCGAGAAGGCCAUGUCCGGGUCCCCAUCGUCCCCGUCAGUGUUAUUAUCGAGCCGUCGAACAAUGAUACAAUGGAUGAUACUGACCGGAUUCAAUCUGCUAUCGAUCAAGUCUCCGCUCAACCGUUGGAGCCCAUUGGAGAGGACGGGGCCGCUGUGAGAGGAGCCGUGCUCUUGAAGGCUGGAGUAUACCGAGUCGCAGGUGCCUUGAUCAUUCGUGCCUCGGGUGUAGUCCUUCGAGGCGAGGGUCAAGACGAGACAGGGACUAUUGUUGUUGCCACUGGUGCCAUCCAACGAGACUUUAUCCUGGUCAAUGGCAUGCUGAGUUCUGACAUGGGUACUUUAGAAAAGCAGCAGGCCCUUGCGAAAACAAAGGAGAUGAUGCCUACCAACGGAUACAAGAGUUCAAAGAAGCCGAAAACUACAACCACGGCCGGUGUCUAUGUUCCAGUGGGCGAAACGCAUAUCCCUGUAGAGAGUAUCGUAGGAUUCAGCAUCGGCGAGCGCAUCGUGAUCGAGCGCCCCGGAUCGGACGAGUGGAUCAAUGACAUUGGCAUGGAUAGCCUUCCACCGAGACCCGACAGUGCAGCUUCUGUUCAAUGGAAGAAGGAGACAUUCACAUUCAAGUUUGAGCGUACUAUUCUCGGGAUCGACGACGUAACAAGCUCGCUCAUCAUUGACAUUCCAAUGGUGAUGAGUCUGGACCCAAAGUACCCUCCCGCCAAGGUCUACGAGCUAAUUUACAGAAAUCCGAUGAUUUCCGACGUUGGCGUCGAGAACAUGCGCCUCGUGAGCGAAUACGAUCCAGUCGAUAGUGAAGACGAGUCUCAUGGGUGGUAUGCAGUGGUGAUGGACAACACACUCCAUGGGUGGGUCGCAGAUGUAACGACGAUGCACUUUGUGAGCGGGAUCUUUGCCUCAACUUGGUCGCGGUAUGUCACCAUCCAGGACUGUUCUGUGCUCUAUCCAGUCUCCAAGCCCACUGAGGGUGGCCGGCGCUACCAGUUGUGCCUGAAUGGGCAGAUGGGACUUGUCAAGAGAUGUUUCACCAAUAAUGCCCGCCAUGACUUUAUUACCCUUGCACGCCCUAACGUGUUUGUCGACUCGACAGGGGUCGAUGCCAACAACGAUACUGGUCCGCACGAGAGGUGGGCUAUGGGCACACUGUACGACAACAUCACCUGUAACACUAUCAAUGUUCGCCAACGCCUCUGGAAAGGGUCUGGUCAGGGAUGGUCUGGUGCGUACCAAGUGGUGUACAAUUGCACAGCCAAAAGCAGCAAGAGUUGUUUUCAGGAUGCCCCUGGCUCGACCAAUUGGAUCGUCGGCUUCAAGGGAGGACAGACGGAGCAGCCCGAGUUUAUGGCCCAGUCGACACAGGUCAGGGCUGCAAAUGCCACAGUGGAGCCUCGCAGUCUUUACUGGGCGCAGUUGGUGGCCCGAGUGGGCGACGUCCAAUUGGUUGAGAACAGAGUCGGCGAGGCAGGCAGGAUGUCCUACCCUCCGCCACAGUAG